AUGUCACUGAAUCAUGACAUCAGCAGCGAUCUCCACUUGGCAAUCAGCGAAACAUUCAUGGAGAAGCAAUGGGCAGUUCUAGUACCGAACUUCGAUGACGACGUAAGGGUGUUGGAACUCGAUAUGAAACAACCUCUACCUUUUACUCACGUGGAAAUGGAAAAGGCCAGCGGCGGCUUCAGCACAGUGCAUAAAGUCGUCGUACACAAGGAGUUCAGGAAGUACAAGACUUGCAAGGAUACUAGGAACACGGGCGAAAUUGCGUUGAAGGAAAUUGUUUUCGAAAAUGGUGGAUUUGAUAAAGAAGUAUCGGCCAAUAUCGAAAUUCGAAAUAUCAGACACAAAAAUAUUGUCGAGUACAUCGGAGCAAUCCAUCGCGGUAAUAAUUACUACCUUUGUUUUAUCUGGGCGAAUGGACAUGACCUGGGGACAUAUUGGAAUGCAACCAGAACCCCCCACCUGUCCAGCGAUUCCGUAGAAUCUGCCAUCCGGCAGGUUCGAGGCCUCAUGGACGGCUUGGACAGUCUUCAUCAUAUAAGUGUUGACCAUCACUUCCGGCACACGGACAUCAAGCCAGCCAACAUUCUCAGAUUUGUCAGAGACCCCGGGCGGGAUUCAGAAAGCAUUGGGACGCUGAAACUGUCCGACUUUGGCCUUGCUCGGCGUCAUACAGAAGCGACCGAGAAACGCAACGGCACAACGGCACAAGCAGCGACCACUCGGUACUGGCCGCCCGAAGCAAAAUAUCGCUCCGACAAAACCGGAUUGACCCGCCGGUACGACGUGUGGUCAAUGGGGUGCGUCGGGAUCGAGCUCGUCAUCUGGCUCCUGAGAGGCACUAAGGGACUUGACCAGUUCAACCGGUCGCUCGUCAAGGACCAAUACUUUGAGAAGUCCACAACAAGCCAAGCAGCAGACAGGAUUGAAGUCCACUAUAAUGUCUCCAACAUCAUCACUACAAUACUAAAAGACCCGGGGUUCCAGGGGAGGACUGCGAUAGGUGAUUUCCUGCAACUCAUCCAGGACAAAAUGUUGGUCGUCAACAUCAAUCAGAAUCUCGGCUCCAACCUGGAAGUUCCCAACUCCGGCUUAGUUUCGGCUUCGUCUAAAGUCCGUGCCACUGCAGCGGAGCUGGUGAAAGAUCUCGACCUCAUACUUCAAGGACAUGGUGGUAGUAACUACUGGUUCACGGGCAAGAUUCGAACGCCGUCUCCAGCCCCGGGCCCGACCCCCAAGAUAAAACCACCAACCCUGACUGUGACUGUGGAUGACUAUGACCUCCACGGGCUGCAUCCCAACGCUGAUACCUCCCACGAUAGCGGACGGCGGGGUCAGACGCACCAUGGCCCUGGUGGCGACUUUGAGCAAGAAGCCCAGAAGAUGGAGGACGUCUUUAGCUUAGCUUACUGCGUUCUGGCUGCAUGCAGUGCCCGAGGCCAGAGCGAUGGCAUGUUUUCGCCUCGACCGGAGCGGCAUGUCGUGAUGCUUGCACAGAUAAACAAGGUUCCGAUAUACGUGUGCAACUUUAUCGAUAACUUUCAGCAUGACGUGCUACAGUCAAACCUUAGCGGCCGCGGAUGGGUGCUGCAAGAACGAGCGCUUGCCCGUCGGACCGUCUACUUCUCCCAGACACAGCUCUACUGGGAAUGCGGAGACGGUAUCAAGCUUUACGAAGGCCUGUACCGUCAGUAUUCACGGCUUCAAUUUACGCAUGCUACCGACCGUCCGGUGGCCAUAGCCGGUCUCCAGCAACGCCUAAUCCGCGACUUGGACGCCGUCGGUGGCUUUGGCAUCUUUGAUGACGGGCGAAGCCUGCUGCAACACAGCCUUCUCUGGCAACGCGGUCACGAAAUCAGAACACUGACCAGGAUCGACUUUGGGUCAGGCCGGGCGAUGCCCAGCUGGUCGUGGAUGGCGUACCACGAAGGAAUCGACUAUAUUGACCUGCCAUUAGGUAACGUCGAGUGGCUGCAGAGCGAAGUCUACAGCCCCUGGGCCAACUCUGGCGCCCUGGUCUGGAACACCGAGUUUGCAAAGUCGUCGUUGGAGAUCGGCAUCCGUGUACGCGAGUUCCGAGUCGACUUCAAUGUCAACGUCAACGCCAACACCACGCCUGCGGAAGUGGCUCAAGCGAACAUCGUGUAUGAUGCGCCUGAUCCGUCGAGAACGAGCACAGGAACUAUCUUGUGUGUGCUCAUGGGCAAGCUACGGAAAGGCAGCACGGCGGGCAAGCAGUCGACCUACUGCGUCCUGCUCGUACAGUCUCGAGGAUCGCGUGUGCGAAUGGGAGAUCAAACAUACGAGAGAGUGGGAGUUGGUCUUCUGUCCGGGAUGCUGAUUGAUCUGAAGUCGCCCGGGAUCUUAGCCAGGCUUCGGUAA